CUUCAGUAGACCCAGCCAGUUGUCUUCCAACUGUCCAGCCGUCCUCGGGAGGGGAGGUGUCCAAUCAGAGAAGCGGCAGAGGCACCAACACGCACCGCCGAUUCGAUACACAUACGAUUCCACCGGACCGGAGUAAGUGAGGGUGAGGUAGACGGAGGAGGAGGCAUGGUGAUGUGGGUGUUCGGCUACGGCUCCCUGGUGUGGAACCCCGGGUUCGCCUACGACGCCCGCCUCGUCGGCUUCGUCAGGGACUACCGCCGCGUCUUCUACCAGGGGAGCACGGACCACAGGGGCACGCCGGAAUUCCCCGGGAGGACCGUCACGCUCGAGCACCAGCCCGGGUCCACAUGCUGGGGAGUUGCUUACAAAAUUUCAAGGGAGCAAGAUAAGCAGACAGCCCUGGAGUAUCUGGAAGUAAGAGAGAAGCAAUAUGAUGAGAAGGUUUACCUUGACUUGUAUACAGAUUCUUCCCCCAAAAUACCAGAAGUCCAAGAUAUGAUGGUAUAUUUAGCCACCACAAAUAAGGAGGCCAACCAAAACUAUCUGGGUCCUGCUCCGCUGGAAGAAAUGGCCAAGCAAAUCUACCUUGCUGAAGGCCCGACUGGACCUAAUAAAGAGUAUUUGUUCAAGCUCGAGGACGCGUUAAACAAAAUAGGAGUUGUGGAUCAACAUGUUCAGGAUUUGGCGAAUGCUGUGCGCAAGUAUGCAGAUAGUUUGUAAUCUCAUUAUAGGAUCACAUGAAGGUGGAAUUGAUUGUUGCGGAAACAUCUUUAUUCAUGUAAGGUCUGAAAAGCUUGUGAGUCGUGAAUAUAUUCAUGCCCCUCUAUAGAUGGCAGUAUAAAAAUUACAUAAGUGAGAUGGUAAUGAGAGCUAUUGGCUGUCCUUGUAUUUUACUCA